AUGGUAACGAUGGGCGCAGCGGGCAUUCUGUGCUACGUGGGCGCCUACGUCUUCAUCACGUACGAUGAUUAUGACCACUUCUUUGAAGACGUGUACACGCUCAUCCCUGCUGUGGUGAUCAUAGCUGUGGGCGCCCUGCUUUUCAUCAUUGGGCUCAUUGGCUGCUGCGCCACCAUCCGCGAAAGCCACUGCGGACUUGCCACGUUUGUCGCCAUCCUGCUCUUGGUCUUCGUCACGGAGGUGGUCGUGGUGGUGCUGGGGUACGUGUACAGAGCCAAGGUGGAGAAUGAAGUCGACCGCAGCAUUCAGAAAGUGUACAAGACCUACAACGGAACCAAUCCUGACGCUGCUAGCCGGGCUAUCGAUUACGUACAGAGACAGCUGCGCUGUUGCGGAAUUCACAACUACUCAGACUGGGAAAACACAGACUGGUUCAAAGAAACCAAAAACCAGAGCGUCCCUCUCAGCUGCUGCAGGGAGACGGCCCCCAGCUGUAACGGCAGCCUGGCCCACCCCUCCGACCUCUACGCCGAGGGGUGUGAGGCACUGGUUGUGAAGAAGCUACAAGAAAUCAUGAUGCACGUCAUCUGGGCCGCGCUGGCCUUCGCAGCUAUUCAGCUGCUGGGCAUGCUGUGCGCCUGCAUCGUGCUGUGCAGAAGGAGUAGAGACCCCGCGUACGAGCUCCUCAUCACCGGUGGGACCUAUGCUUAGCAGCCCCCUCGGCCCUUCCGACGGGAAGGCGAAUGGCACCGGGCCGCCGCCGCCACUGCUGCUGCCUCCCGAGCUGUCUGACUGAGAGCACGCGAGCACUGGUGUUGGACAGAGCAGCUGGGCUAUCCAGUGACCUCCCGUCCUGCCCUGCCCUCUCCUCCCCCUCCCGGUCCUGGGUUCUGGCCCCUUCACCUGUCCCUGCAUUUUUGAGUCUGGUGGUAAAUGUCCUCGUUUCUGAAUCAUCUGCGAGUUGUGUGGUGUGGUAGAGUUAAAGGCAGACACGACCUGCUUUUGUUACCUCUGAGCAUUAGUGGGACUGAUUCUGAAGUCCCACUGCCCCCCCUCAGUCUUCACAAUGUAGAAUUCUUGGCCAAAGGUUUGGGAGGGAGUGGGGAAAGAGCCACUUGUGUGGUUGAAGUGACCACCUGGUGGUGCCCCUCAUCAGUGGGUUUCCUUUUAAAAACCAUGUGCUGUAGUCCAGUCCACUGAGAUAGCAAUUGUACGGAAUGGCUAAGAUCGACUUUAAAAUCAUAUGGUAUAUAUCUUGACUCAUCUUCAAAAUCAGAGACUGAUCUUUAAAACUAGUGGUUUUUAAUCAAAGCUGACUUUAUAGGAGGAGUAUAAUGUAUGCACUACUGUUUUAAAACUGUGUGUGAGUGUGUGUGAGAGAGAGAGAAUAUGUGUGUAUGUUUAGAUUGAGCCCAUUCAUCAUAAGUCUUACAGCCGUUUGGAAAUAAUGUACCCAUGUAGACUUGCAAAUUAGUAUGUAGAUGUGUUCUCAGUUGUAAAUAGAAAAAUCUAAUUCAAUAAACUCUAUCACCCCUCGA